UUCGUUGUGAGCAGACUGUUGAGUCCUUACUUGGAGUCUGCCCGGCCAGUGAAGCUGAGACGAUAAAAUCUCGGGUCUGGAUCGCGUCCGAACUUUUUUUCAAAGUGGUGUAACAAACAUAAACCAGACAUCCUGCAGCUGGAACAACUGAUAGCACUCGCAAUUCUCUUGAUACUGUCUUGCAACAUGCUAGAAUUCAACGAUGACGCCUCGAGGCGCGAAAAGUGCUUCACCUGUCUAGGACAGCUGCCUCCAUACAUCGAUCCUAAGCAACCACCGACGAAGAAGGCUCCCUUCGCCGCCGUUCUGGGCCAUCCAUUCAUCCAUACGGUGGAAGUCACAUUACCUAAAGAAGCCCACACGACCAUCCAAGCAUCGCUGGACAGCAGGCUACAGAAACUCCGCUAUGCGAGGGUGUUCAUGUCCCUGUCGUCUCUACUUGAGCCCGACUUCUUCAACACCUAUAUCAAGACAGGAAACAUCCUCAUGAUAUCAGAGGGCCGAUCAGGCUCCGACAGCGUCUUCACUCUCCGGGACGGUAUCCUCAAACUCGAGCUCAGCAGAGAGAUCUUCGAGCGAACCGGUCUAACCGGCAAGCCCGUCCGCAGCGGAGGCAGAAAACACGCGAAAGAGCGAUAUGUCAUCGAACUCAACCUCCGCCUCCCAUCCAUGCUCCACGGCAAAAAGGGCUUCAAGCGGAUAGAAUAUGCCUUCCAGAACGUCCUCACUCAAUCCGUCGCCUGGCUCUUCUUCGACCUCUCAUCCACUACCAACGGCAUCGCCGACGAUGACCUCUCCCUAAAAGGCAACCACCCGCAAAUCAUCCCCUGCGAGCCCGUCCUCACCGAACACCCCAACAUCCUCGUGCCCCCGCUCGACACUCUCAAACUCACCGAUCCGCCUUCUACCGCCGGCAGUAGUAGUAGCCCAGAAGCGCUGCAGAACCAAUGCACCGAGAUCGCCGAGUGGCUAGCCAUGGUGUCGCUGGCCUCGCCGCGCGUCUCCGCCGCCGACGACGUGGAUCCGUACCUGUCGCGCUACUGUGUCCCGGACGCGGACGAGGCCAAGGCUACCGAUCUGGUCACCCUGCGGUGGCGGGGUCUGAUUCCUUCGAAGUGGGUUGUGGGGUUGCUUGUGGACUUACUGCGGGAGACGGCUGCUAGUAGCUCUGCUGUAUCGUCCGCUUGGUUUGCGAUCUCGGCCCAGGCAUUGGGGAGGGAGGCUGUGGAGGCGCGGGACGGAUACACGCUUUUGGUGCUACCGGCGUUACCUGCACCUGCGGGGGCAGAGGAGGAGGAGAAGGUUGGCAAGGAGGAGAUCGUCGCUGCUAGGAGGAUGGGGCGGCACUUCGUUAGUUGGGAGUUUGUGGGCGCUUCCGUUCUA